AUGGCACCGAAAGUGAAGGUUAACCAUCGAUCAACACACCGAUCAGUGACCUUACAUUAUUAUAAUCUCGGUCAUCGUUGUGCUGUUGAAAUUGCUCAACAAACAAAGAUUCCUGUGCGUACUAUCCAGUAUAAUUUAGCGAAAAUUCGGAAAGAAGGUGGUGUGGAACAUCGUCGUGGUAAUGGUCGACCUCGGAAAAUCUCAGCUGAUGGCAAUAUGGCAAUUGGUCAAUGGAUUCGAAGAAAUAACGAAAUUACCGCCAAGGAAAUCGUCGAAAAACUUCGAUCAACUAGAAAUUUGAAUGUUUCACGAUGGACUGUGCGGCGUCAGCUUCAUCGAUUAGGUUAUAAGAAUGUUUUACCUCGAGGAACUCCAAUAUUGACAAAUGAACAAAAAGAAAGACGUGUUCAAUGGGCAUUGGCACACAAAGACGACGACUGGACUCGUACAGUAUUCUCUGAUGAAACGUCUUACCAAUUAUUCAGAAACACCAUUCGACGUUGGUCCAAAUAUGCUCAAGAAGAAAAGAAAAGAAUUUCGAAGAAUAAACAGAAAAUAAUGGUGUGGGGAGCUUUCAGUAUCAAGGGUCAAAUAUCAUGCUAUUCUUUUCGAACAACGAUGGAUGGUCCACUUUAUAUUGAUAUACUUCGAAAACAUCUUCUUAGUGGAGCGAGAAAGCAAUUUGGACGUCGGUGGCGAUAUCAACAGGACAACGAUCCGAAGCAUACCAGUAGAAUAGCAAAGCAAUUUUUGGAAGAUGAAGUACCGGAAGUAAUUGACUGGCCAAGUAAUAGUCUGGACCUUAAUCCCAUAGAAAAUAUGUGGUCUAUACUUAAACGACAUGUUGAAAAACGAAAACCAUCAAAUAUCCGGGAAUUAGACAAAACACUAAAAUCUGAUGUUCGAAAUAUUAUGAUAACAAUUGCUUUACCUUAUGUCAACGAUGUAACUCAUUUGGAUACUCUUCUAUUGGAUUUUUAUUAA